CGUUAUCUAUUAAAUGAAAAGUCAUUAUAGUUAGAUAAAUUAAUCUAAAAUGAUUUGUGGAAUUAAUGCAGUUUACGUAAUAAAAUAAUGUUGGAAAAUUCCUAAAACGAUUGAAGAGAGAUGACUUUUAUAACUCAAAAAUACAAUAGUCUCUCACAAUGAUAACCACAAAACUUUAUUUGUUCAAGUUAAGCAAUUUUACGUUUCUUAUUUGACGCAGCUAUGAAUAGUACAAAAAUUUAAUUUAUGAAAAUUGAACUUGAUAACAAACGGAUAUAAUAGAUAUAGUCCCCACUUCUAUGUGGAUAUAGUAUAUAACUAGUUGCAACACAAGAUGCAUAAAAAUACUUAAUCAAAAUGAAAGAUCGCGAAGUUGUUCAAAGUGUUUUAGAUUCCAUCAACCAAGAAAAUAAUAAAAAUCCCCCCGAAAUUGAAAUAACUCGAGGAUCACAAGAAGGUGAUGGUUACGUAUCAGAAACUUACGCUAUAUCUAUCAAAAACCAUAAAGGUGAAGUAACAAAUCUAUUUGUUAAAUCUUUACCUGACGAUAUAAAAUCUUGGAAAGAAGCGUUUGUUGAAGCCUUUAACACGGAGUACAAUUUUUAUACGGAAAUUUACCCCAUUCUUGAUCAAUUCCAAAGAAACAAAAAUGUUCAAGAUCCAUUUAACAAUGUGCCAAAACAUUUUUCCACAAAAAUUAAGAACAAUCAAACCCCACCGAUUGUGUUGGAAAAUUUAAAAAGUUUAGGAUACGUUUUAAGAGAUCGAAAGAAACCCAUUGAUGACGCCCACUUAGAAUUAUCCAUAAAAGCAUUGGCAAGAUACCAUGCAAUUAACUACGCCAUGAAAGAUCAACAACCAGAAAAAUACAAGAAACUAACAAUUGGUGUAGGUGAUGUUUUCGGAAAAUACUUGAUAAAAUUUGGAAUGGAGGAUACAAUAAAGAAAUGCGUCGAUCAACUCAUUAAAGGUUUUGAUCCUGUUAUGGAUAAAAUUAUUCUGGAUCAUUUAGAUAAUUUAACUGAAAGAUUAAUUGAUUAUCUCACAAAAAUUUUUCUCGAUUGCGACGAACAUUUCAUUAUGGGACAAGGAGAUUGUUGGUCGAAUAACAUGAUGUUUCUUUAUAAUGAUCAAACCAAACCAAUCGAUGUGAAAAUAAUAGACUGGCAAUGUCAAAGAAUUUCAUCCCCUCUUUUCGAUUUUUCUUACUUUUUCUACACAUUAGCGACGAAAAAAGAACUCGAUAACGCCGAACAUUAUUUGAAUCUUUAUUACGAUACAUUAUCGCAAAGAAUUACCGAAUUAGGAAGUAACCCACAAAAAGUUUUUAAUUAUCAAAUAUUUCGAGAACAUUACAGGAAAUAUUCACUGUUUGGAUUGUGUAUGGGUUUUAUUAAUGUUAAAGCUCAAUUAUUUGAAGAAGGUGAAGUUCCAAAUAUGUUAAAUCCCGGAGGAGAUGUAAACCCGUUAGAAGCUUUUUCAGGUAUUUUAAGAAAUCAAGAUGUUUAUGUUAAAAGAAUGAGGGAUUUAAUUGAAUAUUUUAUAAAUCAAGAUUUAUUGUAAUAAGUAUUGAUAAAAUUAAUUGUAUAAGUGUUUAUAUUGUAUUUCGAAUUAAAAUAUAUCAAUUAUUAAAAAACAUUAUGAAGAAAUUGUGAAAUACAAUUCUGAA